UUAAACAAAUAGAUUAAUUUUGUCUUUAAACAAAUCUCUCUAGUAAUAGCUCCUUAAAGAAAAUAGUUUCGAAGAAUGCAUUAUAGCGAGUUUGAAUUGCGACAUAAUGAACUGAGUUGUAUGACGACAUAAACGCGGGAACGAGAGUGUAAACCGUACGGUUAUAAAGCUGGUGCAGCCACUGCGACUAAACAGUGUACUAUUGCCAUUUGAAUUGGAACCAGUUGAAGCUGUCUGUGUGUGCAACGCUGCAUAGGAACCAAAAAGAUCACAUUCGCUGAUUCACAUUUCAACGUUAACGCAAGGACAGUGCGCAACCUGACUGAGGCUCGUCUUUGCUUAUAUACUCGAGUGUGCAAGUUCAAGACAGUAAGCGAGGAACACCUUAGAGAGGCUGAUUGAAGUGAGAUCGUACCCGAUCAUCCCAAAAUACAGAAACAUGGCUGUGGUGCCAGGAAAGACAAAUAACGGGUUGGCGUGGCUGUUGCUUUUCCUGAUGGUAUCAACGGUGUGCCUAAGACCAUGCCACGCAAGCAGGAGAUGCUCGGUCAAGGGAUGUAUGGUUCACUUCGGCAAAAGAAUAGCUCCAUUUCCCGAACAAGAUGAAGAGCAAGCAGUUCAAAAAGCUACGGAUUAUCAAAACGAACGGCAAAACAACCUGCUUCGUCUAGUGGACCGACUCAUCUCCAACUCGAUGACGUCACGGAAUUCUCCAAUAGAUGACGACGCAUGAUUGGAAACAAUUCUUGUAUGAAACUCGGACUUGUAAUUAAAAUGAUUAUAUCGAACAUACGUGGAAGGCAUGGACCGUUAUACUUUGCGUUUACUUUAUACCUUUUCGAGUUUUUGUGUUAAAUGAUCGUAGACCUUAUGCACAUGACGUCAUUGCAGUAGGGUGCCCUCGCCUAUAGAGGUAACAAAAAGGGCUUGUUUAUUGGCCAAUUGCGUGCGCCGCGCGUACAAAUCUUUACGUUUUAUUGUUUCGUCAUCGGUUUACCUCUAAGAUGGCGGCUUGAUGCUUCAGGUCUAUUGUAUCGUCAGUCGCACAUACAUCAUUUGCUUUGCCUUUUUAUCUGUUUCGAGAAAUUCAAAGUCGGAAAAGAAAAUAUAAAUAUAAAACGGUUAAGCGUAGGGUCAUAGAUUGUCGUUGUCAACGUUACACUAAUUUUUAGACAAAAAUACACUUAUAGAUACAUUACAAGUCACAUGUGAAAGUUUCGGUUAAAAACUGUGUAUAUUUGCUGAGAAGACAGCAAUUUACUGUCAGGAUAUUUUCAGGAUUUUUCACAGGGAACAUCAAAUCCAUACACUUAUCGCGAUGACAGCGGGUUGAAGUGCAUCUUUGGCUACAGCGUUCGCAAAAGGACACAAAAACCCAGAAAUCUGGGAAACGAUUCAUACAUGAAUCAUCCAAAUUCAAAUGUUUUUGGCUAAAACAAAUUUUACAAGCCA